AAUCCCUUUUGGUCAACCUAAUGAAGCAUUCAAACAAGUCAUAUGACUCUUUUCAAGAUGAACUUGAAGAUAAAGCACAGAAAGCCAGAGGCUUAGAGCCAAAGACGUGUUUCAGAAGGAUGAGAGGGGACUAUUUGGAAAGCUGUGGGUACAGAGAAGAGUUUGAUUCCAGGCCCAGGUAUAGCAUGUUUGAUCAAAGACUCCCAUCUGGAACCAACCAUACCUACCCAAGAUCAUGCAGUAGUUCACAGACAGAAGACCGCUUGCCCCAGUGGUUACCAGCUCAUGGAAAGCUGAGAUUAGACUCUCUGAGCUACUGUCAAUUUACCAGAGACGGCUUCUCAGAAAAACCAGUCCCCUUCAACCUUAGUCAGCAAGAAUACAACUGUGGCUCAUAUAGUGUAGAAUCUGUAGUUCACAAGCACCUCAGCUCAGGGCACAGUACCAUUGACCCUCAAGUCAGUCACAGACAAAUGCACCAGAAGAGGAAAAGACAUCUAGAGGAGAGCAGAGAAAAGGAGGAAGAGCGGCCCAAACACGAGAGGAAAAGGAGUUCAGAGGAAAUGGAUUUAAACAAACACAGGAACAUCCAAAGAAAGAAAACAAAGGCAGAAACAGAAACUGGACAGGACGGUACAGAAAAGCUUAAGAACCGAAAAGAGAGAAAAGGCCGAGAUGUUUCCUCUAAGAAAGAGGACCGUAAGCGUAGAAAGGAGAAAAAGGAGCAAGGCGAAGAAAGGACAGAGGAGGAGAUGCUUUGGGACCAGUCUAUCCUUGGAUUCUGAAGCUCCUAAGUCAGUUCUCCUGAGGCUCAACUGAAAUAACAUCUGAGGAGCUUGGUUCUAUGCAUUCAUGUUCAUGUCACUUUCCUAUGUGGACAGAAGUUUCAACUUCUAACGAAGUGAACAUGAGGAAUUUAGUAUGCUUGCUUUCCAACAUGGAGAUUACUUUCCUAUUUUCUAAAAGCUUUAUUAAUUUUCCUUACAUAUGAUAGAAUUUCCCUUUUAGAAAAGAGUGACUCUGCUUUGAUUCACCAAAUUGCUGUGGUAGUGGAAUUAUUUUCCCUUGGGAGAUCAUUUAUUUAAAAUUGGAGGAUUAACAGACUUUGUGGAAUCUGUUUCUUGGUUGGGUUUGUUUUAGUUUUGAGUCACAUAUUUUUAUACUCACUGGCUUUCUCUAUGAAACAAUUUAGAUAUCUUUUUGUAGAUCUAACUUGCAGUAUUUUCUGGGUUGGAAAGUGAAAUACAUUAUAAUAAUCUUAUCUUACAUAUAGUUUUAAAAGUUUCAGAGUCUUCACACAAAAUCAGUUUAUAUUCUGAAAAUGUUUAUAAUAAUAAAGUAUUUUAACUUCUGGA